AUGAGUUGUGAACAGGCGACCGCCCAGGCACUCAGAGAAUCGGGCCACAGGCUGACGCCGCAGCGCCUCAUGAUACUCUCUGUAAUACGCCACUCGGAUGUGCACGUUACGGCAUCGGAAAUUUAUGAUCAGGUGAAGGCUUCCUACCCAUACAUCGACGUCUCCACCGUAUAUCGCACGCUCGGCGUCCUCAAGCAGAUGCGCCUCGUUUCAGAGACGGAUAUGGGCGGGGGCGAGUACCGCUACGAAUGGAUUAACCACCUGCGCCACCACCAUCUGAUUUGCCGCGGCUGCGACAAAGUAGUGCUGCUAGACCACAAGUACUGGGAGAACAUAGGCGCGGAAAUAAUGGGAGACUAUGGGUUCCAGCCCGAUAUAGAUCAUAUAGCCCUCUUCGGCAUCUGCCACGAAUGCCUCGAACACGCGGACGACGAGUGA